AUGUGGAACAGAUAUUUUGUCUUCUCUCUCCUGCUUUUGCCAGCUCUUAUGAGUCAAGUAGUAUAUGGACAAAGAAAGAAAGAAUCAAAACCAAAUUCACUAGAAGGAAAAAAUUCUAUUUCAGACUCCACUUGCUUCAUAGAUGUUGUCUUCAUUGUGGACAGCUCCAAGAGUGCUCAAAUUAAGCUCCUGUUUGAUAAACAGAAAGGUUUUGUGUAUACUUUGAGUGACAAGAUUUUCCAGUUGGCCCCAAUUUACCCCUUGAAAUAUGACAUCAAACUGGCACCCCUUCAGUUUAGCAGCUCUGUCCAAAUUCAUUCACAUUUUUCUUCUUGGAAGAACCUACAGAGUUUUAAAAAGAGGGUCAAGUCUUUGAGUUUCACUGGGCAUGGUACCUUCUCUUAUUAUGCCAUCUCCAAUGCCACUAAGCUACUUAGGAUGGAAGGGCAUGCCCGUGCAGUGAAAGUGGUUUCGCUGAUGGCUGAUGUCAUUGAUCAUCCAAAGAAUUCAGAUGUUCAAAGUUCUGAAAACACCAGAAAUUUAGCAAUAUCGUUUAUCACCAGUGGACUUUCCUCUGUGGUCAAUGACACCAAACUUUGUUUGGUAUCUGGGAAUUCACCUAAUCAACCUGUUCUACUCUUGUGUGAUACAACCCUUGUAGAUAAAAUUCAGGAUCACCUGGAUGCCUUAUUUAAAGAAAAGUGUGAAUGCAAGCCUUGUGAAUGCAAAUGUUGUAAAUGUGAGAGAGGGGAUCCCGGAAAGCCAGGACCUCCUGGUACACGUGGAAACCCAGGUAUCAAAGGUGGGCGAGGACCAAAAGGAAAGCCAGGCAAUGCACAAAAAGGAGAACCUGGAGAAAAAGGUUCAGAGGGAAUUCCUGGAUACAAGGGUGACAAGGGUGAACAUGGAGAAUGUGGUAAACCAGGAAUUAAAAGUGACAAAGGAUACCCAGGGCCAUAUGGACUAAAGGGAUCCAGAGAACUUGGAGAAAGAGGCCAAGAAGGAAGAACAGGAGCUCUGAGACCCAUUGGAGUUGGUGAGCCAGGACAGCUGGCUGAAUUUGGUGCUUUGCUAUUAUUCACAGUUUCCAAACUUAGCAGUAAACUUAAGAUGUGGGUGAAAGACUCAAGAGCCAUCCAACUGGUUCUUGUUAGAAUAUUCUUCAUUGUGGCACCUGCAGGCUAUCACUUGUUAGAGCCCAGGUUAAACCUCCUGGGAGAAGUUGACCAGAUGGGACCUACAGGCCCUAGAGGACAGUUGGGAAUUGGAGUCCAAAGGGUGAGCUGGGCAUUAUGGACCCUUUUGGAAUGCCUAGACCAUGAAUUCCUGGACCACCUGGGUCAAAGGCGCAAACAAGGGGCGCAGCCCUACCCCCCUGAACUGACCCUGGGAGGGGGCCCAGCUGGUCCGUGCGGGCAGCAUGGCCACGUGGCUGGUGGGAGGAGAAGUCCCCGGGAGGCAGUGACUGGUUUUGGAGCCGAGAGUGCAGCGUCCCAGCCAGGAAACCUUGGCGCCGGGCUUUGGACUGGGCACAGGAGAGCUGAACGCAGCAUCCGGUCACUGCGCAAACAUAGGGUGCAGCCCUACUCCCUUGAACUAACCCCGGGAGGGGGCCCAGCCAGUCCACGGGGGCCGCGUGGUGACGCGGCUGGAGGGACGAGAAGUCCCCGGGAGGCGGUGACUGAUUUUGGAGCUGGGAGUGCAGCAGAAGUUGCUAAACUUAUUAUUGAAAUGUGCAACUGUGGUUGCAAAUGCAGAGAGACUCCACUGGAUCUGGUGUUUGUAAUUGACAGCUCAGAAAGCAUGGGGCUAAACAACUUCCAGAUCAUCCAAAAUUUUGUGAAGACUCUUAUCGACGAGGUUACUCUGGGUCCUGCCACCACCCACAUAGGCGUAAUCAACUAUAGCCAUGAGGUGGAGGUGGUGGCUAUUUUGACAGAUUUACACAGCAAGAACGACUUGAAGCUGGCUGUGAAUACCAUGCGGUUUCUUAGGGAAGGUACGUACACAGCCACAGCUCUCCACAUAGCCAACGACAUGUUCCAGCAUGCAAGGCCAGGUGUAAAGAAGGUGGCCUUGGUCAUCACUGAUGGGCAGAGAGAUGCCCAAGAGAAACAUAACGUGACAAAUGAGGUGAAGAGAGCCAAUGAAAACAAUGUGGAAAUAUUUGUGAUUGGGGACAUGAAGCAAAAUGGCCCCAACUUUAACAUAAUGUACCAAGAAAUGAAGCUAAUUGCUACUGAUCGAGACGUUGAGCACAUUUAUCUAUUCAAUGACUUCUUUACCCUGCAAGGUAAGGCUAUGCCUUGAAGAAAAAAAUUGUUUGAAAAAAUCUGUGAGGAUUUUAGCUCCUUUCACAUUUGCUGCCUUAGUCCAUCACUGUUUCAACCUAGAUUUGGAAUGUUACAGGAAGAACUCAAUGAAUCCACCGUAGAACCUGCGAGGAAAAAUUACUGAUUCACUGUUCCUGGGGCCCAGAAUGAUGGGAAUGAACCUGCAGAGCUGAUCAGGAAUGCCAGCCUGGCCACACUACUCCCUCACCUGAGGCUGCUGCCAUUCACAGACCAUUGUUCAGCCCCCAAAAGGGAGGGGCAGAGGGUCUGGAAGCCAGAACUCCAAGUCCGGUUUUGA